AUGUAAUUUCAAUUGACUGCUGCAUUCAAGGAAUUGCUAUAAGGAGAUAAUAAAAUUCCGAAAAGCAACUUGAUACGUUAAGCUAAAAUGUUGGCUCAUAAACCAUCUCUGGAACCUAAAAUAAAUUAAACUCAUCGCAGUGUAGAAGAACCUGUAUAAAAUAAAUAGAGAAGUGGAGUUGCUUUACCAAUACUGAUAUAAAAAAAGCAGCAAUUUAUGCUAGAUUGUGAAAAGACUAAGGAUAUUCUCAAGAACUUUAAUAUUAAACUUAUUCGAUAAAGAGUAUGUUAAAAUGAAAAAAUCCAUAGAAAACUAUCUUAGCAUAAUAUCCAAAAUACUCAAUAAUUAAAUCUAACUUUUGGGCAAAAUUUUCGCAUUAGAACAAGACCACUUCUCUCUAGAUAAGAUAACAGUGCAGAUCUCAGAGACUCUCAUUCAGCUAGUAGAGUAAUGUCUCACUCAUAACAAAGAUUAGUAAAUAAACUAUUUUAAUGA